AUGAAAUUUGACAACAUCCUUUCAGAUAUUAAUGGAUUUGGAAAAUUCCAAAUCAGACUAAUGUUGAUUCAGAUCUUCGGUCGGAUGUGUUUGCCAUGUCACUUUCUGCUCAAUAACUUCAUGGCAGCUGUUCCCUCUCAUCACUGCGACGUGUCUGGCCUGGAUGACGGACAUUUCUUCGGGAAUCUUACUCUGCAGCAGAAACAUUCCGUCGGCAUUCCAAAAGGUCAGGAUGGGACUCUGAGCCCCUGCCGUAUGUUUGCAGAGCCUCAGUAUCAGUAUCUGUCGGCCUCGAACAGCACCGAUGAUGCGUUCACGGUCCCCUGUAGGAAUGGAUGGACAUAUGACAACAGCACUUUUAAAUCUACUUUGGCAACAGAAUGGGACCUGGUGUGCAGCAGGAAAGGGAUGAACCAGGCAACAGCUACCAUCUUCUUCAUUGGUGUUAUGAUUGGUGGGCCUUUAUUUGGAUUUCUUAGCGACAGGUUUGGCCGCCGUCCACUACUGCUUGUGUCUUAUUUGUCAUCCAUGACAUUUUCUGUCCUGAGUGCGUUCUCCACAACAUAUGUACUGUUUGCCAUCAUGAGAUUAUUCACUGGGAUGUCGCUGGCAGGAAUAAGCAUCAUCUCUAUUGUUUUGAAUGUUGAGUGGUUUGGCAUUGAACACAGGACAUUUUGUGGUGUCAUAAUAAGCCUGGAUUGGACUAUUGGAAACUGGCUUCUGGUUGGAAUUGCUUACUUUGUGACAGAUUGGAGGAUGCUCGUGUUGGCGGUGACCUCACCCCUAAUAGCUGCUGUUUUAGUUUGGAGGUGGAUUCCUGAGUCUGCGAGAUGGCUCAUGACGAAUGGGAAAGUGAAUGCUGCUCAUUACUAUAUCACACAGUGUGCAGUGAUGAACAACAGAUCAACGUCUAUGGCCACAAUUACACCCAGGACAUUACUGGAAUCUGUCGAAGAUGAAACUAGAGAAAACAAGUACACAAUAGUAGAUCUUUUCAGGACUCCAAACAUUAGGAAACUUGCUAUAUACUCAGGAAUAGUAUGGUUUGGAGUUGCAUUUACAUAUUAUGGGAUAAGUCUGAAUAUCACUGGGUUCGGGCUAAAUCCAUACCUCACACAGCUCAUGUUUGCAUCCAUUGAGGUGCCAAUGAAGAUAGGAGUGUAUUUCUGCUUGGAGAAACUUGGACGAAAGCUUGGAAAUGCAGGGGCUCUGCUGUCGACUGGGCUCUGUCUCUUUAUCAACAUAUUUAUUACCCAAGAUAAGUGGGUGGCUCGUACUACCGUGGCGGUUCUUGGAAAGGCUCUCUCUGAAGCAGCGUUCACAAUCAUGUACCUCUACACCACUGAACUUUAUCCUACAGUUGUACGACAGAACGGCGUUGGGUACACUGCCUUAGUGGCGCGUCUGGGCGUGUCCGUGUCCCCUCUCAUCAUGCUAUUGGAGGAUGUAUGGCAUCUCCUCCCCGCUGUGUCCUACUGCGCUGUUGCACUCGUCUGUGGUUCAGUGGCAUUACUCCUGCCUGAAACAUUAAACACCCGACUGCCAGAGUUUAUAGAAGACAUUGAGAAACCAAAGCGUCAACAAGUGUUAGAAGAAGAAGCACUGCAAUCAGUAUUAAAUCAACAGUAAACAAUUAACCACCUCCAGUUGCUCUGGGACAAACAGGGUCAAAUCCUCAAGGAUGAAAGAGAUCGACUGAAACAUACAGCUCUAAUGAUGCCCUGAUGACAUGGUGGAUUUGGUCAUUUUGCAUUUU